AUGGCGCGGAUCCUCUCGCGAGCCCUGGUGGGGGAGUCGCAGGUCCUGGUGAGGGAGCGCCACCCUCUCUUCCACAUCCGCUCCGUCGCGCCGUCCUCCCGCCUGCUCAACCUUCGCGGCCGAUCCGACCGCUCCGAGAAGAUUGCCGAGAUCUUCGAGGUGGAGCUCGAGACGGAUGAUGGUGGCGGCGGCGCCGCAGGAUCUGCGGCGGCCAGGGGGGGUAGGGCAGCCCGGCGUUUGGAGGACGUGAUCUACGGGAUUGUCGUGCGGCGGGCGGCGCCGGACUGGCUGCCAUUCCUUCCGGGGUCGUCCUACUGGGUCCCGCCGCGGAAGAGGUCGCACGGCUUGGUGGAGCUGCUAGGGAGGGUGUCGAGUCCCAUGACGGAGGAGGAUUUCAUGUCGCUGAGGUCUGUCCGAGGUUGGCCAUGCCCCGCGCACCUCAAGGGUGGUGAGACUUCUUGCUAGUAUUGGUCAUUGCUUUCAAUUAACCUGCCAGUGGCCUGAAUCGCGGCUCUGUUGGUGAGGUGCGCGUUUCCGAUUUAUUACUUUCGUGAAUCCUUCUUCUUCUUCUUCCUUUUUCCCUGAACCGGUGCCAUUUCGUGGGGGCCUUGAAUUCCAUUUAUUAUGCUAGAUAAUUGUUAAGCGUAUCUCUGGAUCAAAUGCUUAUUGCCCUCUGGAGUUUCAGCAGAUUAGAACAAUAUCCUGCGAGCGACUGUGCCUUGAAAGUCCAGCCAGAACCUGAUUCGAUACAAAAAAUUCUCCUCCGCCGUUUUUCAGAAACUCGGCAAAAAUUUCUUGACUGCCUCGUUCAGACAAUAGCUUUUCUGCAUCACCUUAUCCAUAUUUGUCCCUCUGAUCUAUUUCUAGGAAUCCAAGAAAGCUUCAUCCCUUUAUGUGGAAGAAAUAUAGCGCAGUCAUAGGCUGUCAAAAACGUUCUAUAAAUUGUUGGAGAAAGAAAAAGUUAUCGAUUUAUAGUUGACCCAAUGAAUUGUUUGAAACCAUUUUCGAAAUAUGUUUGAAACUCGAGACGGCAAUUUGAUUUCUGGGAGCAAGGUUUGAUGCUUCAGUUGUCAUUCAUUGGUCUGAGAAACGGCAGACCUCUCGAUUUAUUAGCUGACCCGGUGAAGCCUUUGCUCCACCUUUGGAAUGUGCAUGAAACUUCAUAUGGAGAAACUUGAUGUGUAGAACUGAAAUUUAACGGUUCAAUUGGCAUUAACUGAUCUGUAGAGUGGAAUAAUGAAGAAACCUUUCGAUCUGUAGAGUGGAAUAUUCGACCCUUUGCAUCAUUUUGGAAAUAUGUAUGAACUUCCGUACAACGAAACUUGAUACCUCGGAGAAGAGUUUGAUGGUUGAAUUGUCAUUAAUUGGUCUGUAGAAUGGAAUAAUUCAGAAACCUUCCAAUUUUCAGCUUUCCCUGUGAAGGAAGUCUUUGGCAUUUUUGCAAUGUUUAUGAAAGUUCAUUCAACGAGACUUACCACUUUUUAUUGAAUUUUGAUAGGUUAAUUGGCAUUAAUCGGCCUAUAAGAUGGAAUAACCGAAAGUUUUCUUCCCAAAUGUGCACCUCUAAUCUAUUGUCAUCUUUUACCCCCAUUCAUUCCUGAACCUCUCAUAAAUUGAUCCAGAAAUGGGGAGUGUUGCUCGAAAAAUCCUUGCUUUAUAUCUGAGAACAAAUAUUUUUUAAAAGUUUGACUUCCCUAAUGGAUGUGUAACUUAGAAUCAUAGCUUGUAUCUCGCCUCGCGAUUUUUUUCUCCUCUUUUACCGUCUUCUCGAUUCUAUUAAUGGAUAAUUAAGUGAUUCCUUCACUGGAUGCAGAUGUAUCUCCAGAUUCUGUCGACAAGAAUCUUAAAGAAACCAUCGUCCAAUCGGAAGAUGAAGACUCGUAA